UAAAAAGUCAGUGGGCGGCGGUGUUUGGCGAAUCAAUUUAUAACUGCUUCCAUUACACGAAAUAACCAUUCAAAUUAAUUUAAGUAUUGAACUCUAUAGAAUACAAAAGGUGCAGACGGUAUUUAAUAUUGUUAUAUACUUAGAUCUGCUAUAAAUCACUAAACAUGUUGAUUAAGGUUAAGACGCUAACAGGCAAAGAGAUAGAAAUAGACAUAGAACCGACUGAUAAGGUAGAGAGAAUCAAAGAGCGGGUUGAAGAAAAAGAAGGCAUUCCUCCGCAGCAGCAACGACUUAUAUUCUCCGGAAAACAAAUGAACGAUGAAAAAACAGCCCAGGAUUACAAAGUGCAGGGAGGAUCUGUGCUGCAUUUGGUAUUAGCCCUGAGGGGGGGCCAGUGAUCUUUUGUGAUGUAUCCAUCUUGUUUUAUAAAACCUAAUUUAAUAUUCAUUUCUUGUAUAAAGUAAAACAUGAUUAAAAUUA